CACCGGAAGAAGGCGAACAUUUGUGAAGCGUUUCUGUCCGGAACCGGUCCAAAUUGUUCCCCGCCCGGAAAGUGAGUCUAUCGGUGCUAUCAAGCAAAGCCAGUGUGCCAGUACGAGCUGCUGCUACAACCGUGUGCUAUCCAACACCACAUUCUACCAACGGCCAUCGGGAAGUGUGCAAUAACGUCCAACGGAUCCUUGUCUACUUCGGCACCGUGAUCUACACACAGCACGCUCGUAAGUCAUGUUUUUGGUGAAUGAAACCAUGGCCGAGGGCGCUAUGCUUUUGCCGAUGGCGCGCACGGCCGGCGAAAUGCCGAAGCUGCUGGGUUGGAAUUUGCCGUCCGAGGAGCAGUACCUGGUGCACGAUCACUGGAAGGGUUUCCCGGCACCGCCGUACUACAUGCAUCUGAUGCUCGCCAUGAUCUACUUCGUGCUGAUGAACACUUCCCUCAUCGGCAAUGGCAUCGUGUUGUGGAUUUUUGGCACCUCGAAAUCACUUCGCAACGGCUCGAACAUGUUCAUCAUCAAUCUGGCCAUCUUCGAUCUGCUGAUGAUGUGCGAAAUGCCCAUGUUCCUGGUGAACUCGUUCUCGGAGCGAUUGGUCGGGUACGGGCUGGGUUGCUCGGUGUACGCGGCCCUCGGCAGCAUGUCCGGUAUCGGUGGUGCCAUCUCGAAUGCCGUGAUCGCGUUCGAUCGCUACCGUACGAUCUCGAACCCGCUGGACGGCCGGCUCAGUCGCGUGCAGGCAGCUCUGCUGAUCUGUCUCACCUGGCUGUGGACGAUGCCGUUCACGCUGUUGCCGCUGUUCGAGAUCUGGGGUCGCUACAUCCCGGAAGGAUACCUGACGACCUGCUCGUUCGACUAUCUCACCGACGAUCAGGACACGCGUGUGUUCGUGGGCUGCAUCUUCACCUGGGCGUACGUCAUUCCGAUGAUCUUCAUUUGCUACUUCUACGCCCGGCUCUUUGGCCACGUGCGGCAGCACGAGCUGAUGCUGAAGAACCAGGCGCGCAAGAUGAACGUGGAGUCGCUCACGGCAAACCGCAACGAGAAGGCACAGGCCGUCGAGAUGCGCAUUGCCAAGGCCGCCUUCACCAUCUUCUUCCUGUUCGUGUGUGCGUGGACACCGUACGCCAUCGUCACCAUGAUCGGUGCGUUCGGUGACAGGACGAUGCUGACACCGUUCGUCACGAUGGUGCCGGCGGUUUGCUGCAAGAUAGUGUCCUGUCUCGAUCCGUGGGUGUACGCCAUCAGCCACCCGAAGUACCGCCAGGAGCUGGAACGCCGGCUGCCCUGGAUGGGUAUCAAGGAGGCGGAUGACAACGUCAGCACGACCGAAAGCAAAGCGACCGUCGUCGUGGAUCAGCCCGCCGGUGGAGACAACGCCGCCAGCUAAACGGAACUCACUGAUGAUUUGAUGACCGCUCGAAUGUUAAUGGACUUGUGGAAAACGGAAUACGAUACGAUAGUGAAGUAAGUUCCCACCAACCUACCUACCUACCUACCACCUCACACUACCAGAGCACGUUUUAAGCAAAGCAAACUGAAAAAUGUCACCUUUCGGACGUUGGUUCGCUGUGAAUUCGUAGCGGAACGAUGAAUGGAGGGUGACGAAAAAAAUAUUAAUAAACUACAUGCAAUUUGAAAAGGAAGAAACAUGA